UAAGCGACUCUGGGUAUCCGUGAUUGUCAAGUUUUGGCGGCGAUCUAUUCCAACACACCAUCAAGGCAGGAGAUAUGACAACUGAGAACAAUAUGGAGGCUAUGUCAGCAUCUGUCACACUUGACACUGCAAAUGCAGGUAGCCAAGGUCAUGUGCCAUUGCUGGUCAGCCAGAGCUCAACAUCAAGCAUGCCAGCUCAUCUUUCUGUCCCAAUGCCAGAGGAGUCUCCAAUGUUCUCUGAUGAAGGGCCCAAGAUGGUUGGCUUACCUCUUGUCACUGAAGGCAGGACAGUUGCCAGUAUGCCACCUCCAACUUAUGCUCAAGUCACAAGUACUGAAGCACCACCACCUUUAUAUGAGACCCUGUUUGGUGGUAUGUGCAAGGGCAAACAGGAUUCUCCAAGAGUCUGGGAAUCUCUGAAGAAUUCACCAUUGCUGAAUGGCAUUGGGGCAGCAGUGGUGGUCGUGAUGGGGCUGAGCAUCUGGUUCGCCUUGCCGGUGACCAUGGUGGCCGUCGCCGCCACCAGCUGGGGCGAGGAGACGUGCCCGGCCCAGCCCCGCCUCGCCAUCUGGCUCUGCUUCGGAGGGGCGCUGUCUCUCGUGCGCAGCGUGCAGGGGACCCUGUUUCGCGCGCGCAGCACCAUGGACGACGAGGACGAGAACGCCGCGUACGCCAACUGCGCCGCCAUCGUCGCCCACGUGGCCUGGCUCGUGCUCGGCACCAUCUGGCUGUACCAGAUAUACCUUCCCGAGUUCUCGCUGGACGGCGACCAGAGCAGCUACUGCGACUACACGCUGUACAUGACCUCCCUCGUCGCCCUGCACCUGGUCUACCUGAUCGCCGGGGUGACGUUCGUCGUGUUGUUCGGCGUGUACGGCAUCUGCGGCUACACCCUGGAGGGGCUGUAGCCCCGCCGGCGCUGAGGAGACUCCUGCCCAUGCAGAACCGCCUUUAGGCCGGUCAGCGCGCGCCAGCAAACGGCCGGCAGACUGUGCCUAUUGGACCAACAUUUCUACUUUUGCCUUUAUUUUCCUUCCUUUUUGUACUUUUAUACCAAAAUGGGGUGAAGCAUAAGUUGGUGGACAUGCCGCUAUGCCAUCAUCACAAAUGUAGCUGUGAACUGUUCCUGAUUACUUUCAUCUAUGGCAGUACGUCUAUUGCUGGGUACAAUGCCAUUCCACAAGCAGCAAUGUCCUGUUCAUAUUACGCUUUCCAUUCGAGGUUGAACAAAGGGGCCAAUGUUUGGAGGAAAAGGAGCCUUGUUGGGAGCUCGUGAUGGAGCUCUCACCCCGAUCACAUCUUAUUCUUCUGCAGUGAAUUUUUGGCAAAAUUUUGAACGUGAUUUGCAUUGUAUGCAAUUGUUCAGACAAAGUGAUUCACACUUCAGAGCAUCACGUUUAUUUUUGCCAUUUCGGUAUCGCUAUUAAUGUAACAUUUUUUUGUGUGCUGUGGUGACACAUUUCAUACAUAUUUCAUCAGCUCAGGCCCAGGAUCUCAGUCUUCAGGUCAUUAACGCGUGCUCUGGGAGGUGACAGGAAAUCACCACCUCUGAAUUCAACAUUUGUGGCAUGCACCACACAGCCACGGAAGAUGUACAUAGGCAUGCGACAAGUUACUGUAACCAGCUGUGUUUAGCGUGCUUGUCUUUUUUCUUUGUAAUCCUGUAUAUCGUUGUAAUUCCAGUUACUUUUUUGCUGGACUUUCUGCCAACUGUCAAUUACUCAGGAAUUUCGACUAAAAGGAUGUGAUGAAAAAUAAGAACUACAGUGCUGAACGUCCUCUGAGAUGUUCGUGGAGCAUUGAACUUCCAAGUACAAUUACAUGCCAUUGCGAACAAGAACGCGGAUCUUUCUGUCCGUGAGAAUAAUUUGUAGACUGGUUUAUGUGGUCUGUCAGUAACGUAAUGUCUUUCGCUCAAGCUUUUUUGCAUUCUUGGAAGUAUCGACAAAGUUCAAAGCAAGAAUACUUCCAGAAUUUUGAUUGGUGUGAUUGUAUCAAUAGUGUGGUGUCCUGCACUACAGUUUUUGGAUUUUUACAAGUACCAAGAGAGUUCAAAGCAGUCCACCACUAGUGUUCGCGCAUAGAAAGCAGCCAGAUUUUGUACCUCGUGUUUUGCCGUGCUAAGAUAUCUCAGGGUUAGUACUAAGCGUAUGUAUAAGUGACAAACUCGGCGCGUCAAGCCUCGCGCGCCGCACGCACACCAGCACCUCUCGUGCGGAAGCCAUGCGGGUGCUGGCGCCGUCCGGGGGCCGGCCGCCGCGCGGCAGACCGCCGAUGAUCAGGGGAGCCGCGGGCGGCCCGGGGACCGGCGGCGGCGGCCCCGCUCGGCCCGGCCCCGCUCGGCUCGGCUCGGCGGAGAGUCCGCCCGGAGGCCAGAACGCCAGCCACCGCUCGAUACGGAGCUGUGCGGCCGGCGCGCCGCUCCGCCGCCGCGUUUAGACGGUAGUUGUGAAACGGGUAUUAGGGUAAGGCGCUCGACGGCGUACCGUAGUGGGCGUGGAGUGGUAGUGUAAGGUUUGUGUCGUACUGUAAGGUCUGUUUGUGCUUAAUGCUGCUAUCUGUAUGCCUUUCCCGAUUUUGGUGCGAAUCAUUCUGCGGGUUCCAAAGUCUACAUUGUAAAUCAUCGCAGUGAAACUAGAGCGCGCAAGAUCUCAAUUUUCAGGGUUAUUGUGCUUCCAAACAUUGCACCAAUGCAUGUGGUUAACAGUAACACAUUACUGUUGUGUCAAGUAUCUAUAAGUGCUCUCGUACUUUGCACCAUUCGAGUUCGAACUGGCGAACUGACUUGUACCCAAAAGCCUGCUCAACAAAAUCGCCAGGUUCGCUCAAAUGCAGUGGGUUCUGCCGUGAAACAGUGUCGGACGCCUGACGUGCAUGUGUGAAAACCAGCCGAGAGCGUACAAAUAUAUCUGUCCAUAAACGUUUUUCCACAAGGUAUGCCGGCCAUUCGGUAUUGAAAUAUAAUUUGUUAAACAGCA